UUAGCCCAAAGACCGUUUCGAGUUCCGAGCAAUAUCAAAGCUGCUGCUGCGAGGCUACCAUGGCAGAAGCAAUUCAUAUUCAAACGGCGAAAUUGAUGCAGCAAAGAGUCCUUGCGGCAUAUCGAAUCCGGGCCAUUGCCGCUGAUUUUGGUGCGAAGCUUCCAGCUGAUUUCGAACUUUUUCAUUUCGUUGACUUGCCCAUCGAAUUGAUACAGAAGAUUGUGGUUAAAUUGAUGGAGACAAAAUGUACGUCCCUAAGGCGAGAGGAGAUGGAUAUGAAGGUGUUAAUGGUCCCCGCCCUCGACCUCUACCUUGCCAUGAAACCCAGAAAAGUCGAUUUGACGGCUUUCCUAACAUUCUGUCCAAAGCAACUCAAAUAUCAAUAUUUAAAAGAGUCGGUGAUUCACAUCUCUGAAAAGGCUGCUGAUCUAGAGGAGCUGACACUGGUCGCCCCUAAAAUACCAAGUCUCAGAUUUUUCCAUGAUCUUGCCGAUGCUGAACUCUUGAAGUUGCUGGGAAAAUUAAGACACCUAAAAGUUCUGAGGAUUGAAGAGAUUGUCUACAUCCGAUUGACUGACUUGAUCCAGCUUUGCGAAAAUCUUCCCGACUUGGAAUUUCUUAACGUUAAGAUAUAUAACGAUAUAUGCCGGCUUGACUUCCAAGAGCUGAAAAUUGCUGAAAAGCUGAAAAGCGCUAUGCCAAAAUUGCAAAUUUUUCUGUUUGACUCAUUCGGAAUUGAGAAUGCCCUUAUCAAGUGCUGCGUGGAGAAUCUGCCAAAUCUUCGCGUCAUCCGUGUUUUUUCAAGCGUAUUCAGCUCGUUUGAAGAUUAUUACGAGUCAUCAAAUGAAACCACCCGCCCUUCAGGAAGCUCAAACCUGAGACAUUUACUGGUUGAUUAUGAUGUGAAGGAUUGUGCUCAUUUACCAUCGACGUUUCCUUUGAUCACGCAUCUCAGGAUUUUAUUGAUGCCUGAUGCUGACGCUGACGCUGAAGAACAAAAUUUGACCGCGUUGAUGCAGUUGACCCACUUGGAAAGCCUGGAGGUCAUCAAUCUCCCGCAGGACAUUUUGCACCUCUUUGUGGAAAAAUUCGGACCGAAUCUACGGGAGAUUUCUAUUGAAUAUGAUGAUGAGUGUGAUAGCGUAUCAAUAGACUAUUCGCUCGGCCAACUCUUAGCUCUGUGUCCAAAGCUAGAGAGACUCUCAUACGCGGCAAAUUUCAAGGAAGACCUGAAGCCGAUCGAGUUUUUCAGCCAUCUCAAGGAAAUCAGAAUGGACUUCUGGGAAUUCUAUGAAAACGAACACAUUCGACUGACUGACAUCUUUCGUGCUCCAAAUUUGGAAAAGAUAACUUUCUACGGCAGCGGCUUAGACUUCGAAGAACUUAGGAGAGUGAGCACGUUAAUCAAAGAGAAGAAGAUCCUGAGAAAUCUGAAAAAGCUUCAUUUCACCUCACAUUUCAAUUCAGUAGAAUAUUUUAAAGAAGAUUAUUUCAAAGAAGUAGCGGCGUUCAUUAAAUGUGUUGCGGCGUCGCUGCCAGCCAUUAGUGUCAUUACGUUCGAUUUGCAUUAUCGUCGCUUUGGUUACGCAGCGCUGGCAAGGACCUUUACGAAUGGUAAAACGACAAACGACGAGAUCGACGGCAUCACAGAGUUUUUUGAAAAUCAAAUUAUCAGUAGCGAGUUUCAAGAGUUGUUUGUAGACGAAGAGCUGAUUGCUAUUCUUGAAAAUUAUAGAUGUUAGUUUUUAUCCUAAU